ACGAGAUAGACAUAAACGUGGAUGUUUAAUUUAUUAAUAAAGUACAUAUAUCAUAGACGAGAAAAAUGUAUCACAAAAGUUCAUUAACAUUUUUAUUUUCUACGGAAGGCUAUAGGAGCCUUACAUGAUGGAAAAUGUGAAGAAAAAAAGAGAAUGGAAAUGUUUUUGUGAAAAAUCAUCAACACGAGCCAUACACAUACAUUAGUAGCAUAACCAACACAUUGUAACCCAAAUGAUGCACGAAAUAUUUUGUUAGGAUGAUACAAAAAAGAAUUGAAGCUAUGCAAACAUGCUAUUUUCAAAAUUUCACUACCUUUCCACAUACUGCCAUUCUUCUCUUUCAUAUUUCAAUAACAUACUACAGAUAAAUCAUCUCAAUAUAAAGAGAAAACAACAUCAACAGAAAGGAAGCCGUUUUAUUCUUUCUCGUUGGUAGACGAUGUUGAAAAUUGUUGUUGUCGUUGUGAGAGAAAAUGUUUUUUUUUUUUUUUUGCAAGAGUUUUCCCGAGAUUUACAUCGCUCUGUACGAAAAAGUUCUCCAGUUGAUGAAAAGUUAGUGAUCAAAAAAGGUCACCUUUCGUGUUGUAAAUUCGCAAUUGCAUUAAAAAAUUGGAUAACAAUCGUGAGGAGAAAAGUCGUGAUAAAGUCAAAUACGAAAAAUAUAUGUUUUACGUACUUAUAAUAGCAAGGAAGAAACAUAAGGACAUUUAGAUUGCUAUAAAAUAAAUAAAUAAGGCUCCUAUAUUGAGUAAAGGAAAUACAAAGUAAAUUUUUGGUAAGAUAGAAAAUUGUUGAAGUGUUGAAGUAAGAAAAAAAAAUGGAAAAAGAUUCAAACAAAGAAGAUUCGGCUAAGACUCAAUCAUCGCAUUCGCAUCACCAUCAUCAUAAAAAAGAUAAUGUCAAUAAUGUGGUGCAUAAAUAUGCUAUAUCUACCGACAAAUCUGGAGAAUUAAUCAUCACAGUUCAGGGUGAUUUAACACAACAAGAAAAACGUGCUGUAUUUCUUACUGUUCAUGACCUAGGAUGCAAUCAUGCGUCAUUCCAAGAUUUUGUUAAUAGUCCGUGUAUGACAGAAAUUAAAGAGCGCUCAUGUUUCAUUCACGUUGAUGUACCCGGACAUGCUGAUAAUUCUGGUGCACUUUCAGACAACUUUGCUUUCCCAUCUUUGCAAACAUUGGGAGAAGAUCUUGUUACCGUAUUAGAUUACUUGCAUGUAAAAUAUGUAAUUGGUUUGGGCGAGGGUGCUGGUGCCAAUGUUUUAGCACGUUUUGGAUUGAAGCAUCCAUCAAGAUGUCUUGGAUUAAUAUUGAUCAACUGUACUGGAUCUGCAGCCACUGUUUUGGAAACAUUUAAAACCAAGUUCAUUUCAUGGAAAGGUGAUGAAGUAGGACAGGGUGCAGAAGACUUCUUGUUAUACCAUAAAUUUGGACAUGCUUUUAACGAGCAAUUGGUUGGAGAUAAUCCAGACAAGGAAAAGAUUGUUCAGGACUUUCAAAGUCGCUUACACAGCACGCUUAAUUCCAAAAAUGUUAAGCAGUAUGUCAAGACUUUUAUGACUCGAAAGGAUUUACCUUUGAAGAACUGCAAAGUUGACAUCUUACUUAUUACCGGAAUGUUAUCACCAUAUUCAACUGUUGUCGAAAAAUUGCAUAAAGAUACUGAUAAGGAAAAGGUUACAAUGAUGAAAAUUGAACGCGCUGGAGAUGUCCUAGCUGAUGCUCCAGCCAAAGUUGCCCAAUCAAUUUUACUGUUUUGUAAAGGACAAGGAUUGUUAACAUCUGUCGUCAUGCCAGGAGUUGAUCGUCAAAGAGCAUUUUCCACAUCAAGUGGUGGAUCAAACGGUGAGCCAAGACGAUUAUCAAGAGGAAUGAGUAUGGAAGAGUAUGACAAACCAAAUAUUCGUCGAUUAUCCAUUACAGUUAAUGACCAAUUGCCACCAAUCCAAUCAAAGAAGUAAAAUGGUUCAUAAAUUAAAAACAUUUUCGAAAACAAGACAUCUUUUUCCAAUAUGAUACCUAAUAAUAGUAAUAAUAUAUAAUAAUAAUAAUAAUGAUAUAAAUUUAAUAGAAAUAAUUUUCUUGGGUUUUGUUUAACUAGAAGGCUAAAUUCUAAGUUAUUAAGUCACAAAACGCGAAUUAUCAUUUAUACUAAUUAAUAACAUAAGUUUUCGUUGCAAAGCAAUGUUAAAUGCACAUGGCUUUUUAACUUUAAUCAAAGUAAAAAAAAACACACAACGUAAAGUUAUCAAUAUCGAGCAAAUAAUAUAUUGAGAAAAAUACUCUCCGUGCUUAAUUCGGAAGUUAUAUAUAUCGUGGAAAUUUGAAAAAAAAGAAGUAAAUUGAUUCAGAAACAGUAAGAAAGUUAAGCAAAUCAAAAUUUUUAAAUCAUUAAUAAUGUUGUUUAAAUGAAAAUUGAAGUAGAAAAUUUUACCUUAGACACAACUUUUAACUCAUAAUGCAUUCGAGAAAAUCAUAUUAAAUUUAUUACUUUGAAGGAAGGAGAAAAAAAAAUACUUUUAAAUGAAAUAUCUUUAGUUUAUGAAGUAAGAUGUCUUUUUCGUGAUAUAAUGCAAAGAUCUAAGGUCGUAAUAUAACAGUACGAAAAAGUUAUGUAGAUGAAAUUUUUCACAGGAUUAGAUAAAAUUUUUCUAAUUAGAUUUGACCCAAACUAUGAUAAUUUAAUGACUUUCAGUUUAUUUUCUCAUAAUUUAACUAUGGUUAACUUUGUAUUCUAAUUCUUCUUUAAAAUCAAUCAUCGCGAGUGAAAAAAAAGCAGGUAGAAGGUAGAAUUAUUUUGUGCUAUUUGAAGCACUCGUCGUCAAGUUUAAAAAGAAAUAUUGCAGUAUAGUUCAAAUCAAGAACAUUUAUUAAAUAAUAAAUAUGUCAAGAUGCGAAUAUUUAAAGCUACUAAAAUUUCACAUUUAUUAGGCCUAAAUUAUAAAGCUUGGCUAAUACUACUAAAGAAUUCAUCCCAACUUUGGAAGAAUCUCUUAAAUACUCACAGCUACUUAUGGAUAGAGCUAUAGAUUCUAGCUUGCCGUCAUUUUCUCCUUUCAGGUAGCUAGAAGCUUAUUUAAUGGCAUCUGUUUUAUACUCUGGCUGUUGGAGUGGGAUAUGAUAGAAAAAAAGGUUAUUUUUUGAAUAUAUUUUUUUAAAAAUUUUGUUACUGCAAUCAUGUGACUAGAUCAUAGCAAAAUAAAGCAUGUUAUGCACCAGGUACAAAAUGAGUACACGUCAAAUGAUUGAUCUGCUAAAACAAUUUAUUUAAAAUAUUGUUCAAAAUUGUUUUAGAGGCAAAAAGUCUCUUUAAAAAAUCAAAAAAAAAAAAGGCAAAGAAUGUUAUAACUUUCAAAAAAUUAUUAAUAGAUUGUCCGGCUAGAACAAAAUAUAAAAUAAAAUAUAUAAGAGUAAGUUCUACUGCCGCAUAUUAGCUUCUAUUUCUACUUUCUCAGUAGACCGAAACUCAAAUAAAAAAAAAUUAAUAAUAAUGUUAAACGUAGUGAUUUAAAAGUUGUAGUAUCGCAAAUAUAUAGUAAUGCAAAAUUGAUACAUAUACUUUAAAAACGAGAAGGAAAAAUAUAAAAUGUACCUUAUACAUAAAAGCAAAAAUAAAGUAUCAUCUUAUUUACAUUAUCAUGAAGCCGUAAAUUUUUCAUAAUGCAAUAUCGUAAGUUCAAUAUGAAUGCAUAAUGUGCAAUGAAAUGAAAUUUCUAUGCUCAUCUUUACACAAAAAAAAAACCCAAAAAAUGUCAAACACUUUGUAUGUACGCUAAUAUAUUGCAAAUAACAUGAUUCAGUUAUUAAAAUAUUAAAAAUAAAAGAGUUCGGUAGUUAGAAAAGUCACGAAAAGUUUUU